ACGACUAACAGAUAAUUCACCUCGCUUUCUACACUAUAUAGCUUGUUAUGAAUAGCUUCAAGGUUCUUAUUUUUAAGUUCGCCUGAAAUAUCUCCGUAUUAGGAAAUUUCUGUGCAAAUUAGGGCUCACCAGGGUGGUGUGACUGGCAUGAUCACAAGGCUCAAGACUGCAACGACAUCUCAGCCUCAUCUUAAAUUGACCUCCCACUUCUAUUGUUCUGCACACUCACACCAACUGAGAACACGCACAGACUGUUAGAGAAUACAUUACCAAGAAGUCCUCGAAGGAUGAGUUCAUCCAUCAAACUCGUCUCUUCAAAGGCGAGCGAUGGUUACAUUGGAGAAAACAUUCAGGCUGAUGGGAAUGAGAACACCUACAUCAAAGUUGAUGAGGCACCAAAAUUUGAUCUAGAGUCCUACAUCGCGAAUUACAAAGGUCGCACGCGUUUCGAUCGAUUAUUUCUCAUAGGCAAAUGCUCAACCAUCUUAUCCGCCGAUGCCCUCAGACUAGCGGUAGGCGAAGCUAAAUCCGGUAAAGACGUCGAACGAUACGUGCAGGCGGUACAAGCCUUGAGUCAAGUGGCACCAAACGACCCGGACGCCGUUCUUGACCAACGCUGGGUUGAUAUCACGCGACAGGCUGUGAGGGCCGAGACAGACAAACUUGAACACGAGCUGAAGGGCUACAAAAAUAAUCUCAUCAAGGAGAGCAUACGCAUGGGCACCGAUGAUCUAGCUUCACAUUAUCAUUCUAUUGGCGACUUGGCAGCUGCAUCAAAAGCUUAUGCUCGUUUGAAAGACAACUGCACUACACCCAGUCACUUUGCAGCCAUGCAUCUAAAAACGAUCAACGUGGCUAUUGACCGUGGCGACUGGUUUGGCGUGCAGCAAGCUGUCGCUCGAUACCGAUCAGGACCAAAGCCAGAGGAUGAGCAUUCCAAGAGUGCACCAAAGAUAUCUUCUGCUUCGGGUCUGGCUCAGCUUGGACAGGGAAAUUAUCUGGAAGCUGCGAAUCAGCUUCUCAACGCCGAUCCCACGCUGGGUGAUACUUACAAUGAGGUUCUCACUGCAAACGAUGUCGCUGUCUACGGUGGAUUGUGUGCGUUGGCUUCCAUGGAUCGAAACGAGUUGCAACGCCGCGUGCUAGAGAACAGUCAGUUUCGAAACUACCUCGAACUAGAGCCUCAUAUCCGCCGGGCGAUAUCGGCUUUCUGCAAUUCCAAAUUUCGGGCCUGCUUGGAUAUCUUGGAGGAAUACCGAGCAGAUUACCUACUCGACAUUCAUCUUCAACGCCAUAUCCCAGCGUUAUACAACCGGAUUCGAACCAAGUCCAUUCAGCAAUACGCCCUCCCAUUUAGUCGAGUUUCUCUUGAGGCUAUGGCAAAAGUCUUUGCACCUGAAAUCGUUGGGGGUGUUGCGUCACCCACCGAUAUCAGCUCCCCGUUCGUUCAGGAACUGAUCAAGUUGAUUGAGAAUGGCACAUUAGACGCACGCAUCGACUUAGAGAAAGGGCUACUCGUUUCGAAACAGAUGGACCUGCGUAGGGAAGUGAUCAAGGAAGCCUUGGAGAGUGCUGAGGAAUACGUGAAUGAGGCACAUCUACGACUUAUCCGUACAAAUCUUAUCAAUGCUGGGUUGGAGAUUCGUGUUGCUCCUUCAGCGCUGACUACAGAGGAGGCGACAGGACGGACACCAUGGAGUUAAACUGUGCAAAAUGCUUUCAGGAACCCAUAUUAUGGCUAAAUGGACACGACGACAUGAUUAGAUCGUAGAUCAUACAAUACAAAGAUAAAUAACGGCUAUC